AUGCCGAACUACUCCAGACCUGAUGGCGCCUCUAACGUGCUGGCCUGGAGCGCUCACACAUCCAACAUGCAGUCCCCCGCGGAGGAAGAUGGCGCUGAAGUCGACGAGCCGCCAGAUCAGUCGACAUCGUGGAGAGCAACUGCUUCUCAGGCCUGCCACUCUUUCCAAAAGACACUUGCGUACCGCCCGCGAGACAACAAGCAGUCCCUGUUGACCAAGGCUCUUCAGAGUCAAUCUGAAGACGAGAACGUCGAUAGCAGCGUUGCUGGUGACCUCCCAAGGCGCCGGUGCUCUAUGACCAGCAACACGAGCAUGACUUCCACUGCCGAAUUCACCAGUGAUACUGGCUUCACCACCCCUCCACGGACGAGCUCACCCAGUCCUCGUCUACUGGAAACCGGGGCUACUCCACUACGCGUCAAAUCCGCAAUCAGCUUUGCGACUCCGACCAGUGCUGCUCACUUGAAUGCCACGCCGAAACCAACAUGCCAAAAUCCUCCGGCUGGCCCUUCUGUCCAGACGCAGCAGAGGAAACGAUGCAUAUCGUUUGCCUGCGCCAAUCCCAAGCCUACCUCUCAAGUCGUCGAGGCAAAUGACGAUGCCAAACCCAGCAACAAAUCCACUUCCACUGCUGCGGUCCCCUCGAUCAAUCUAUCUACAAAUGGGACCUCCAAGGCUGUGGCAAAAACUGGGGAGCUGCGGCGCCCUUGCAUCAAAUUUGCUUGUCCUACCCGCCCCUCUACUGAAUCUCACAGGCCACAUCUGUCUGCUUUGAAGGCCGAUGGACCAGAGGGCCGGAAGUUUGUUCGGAAACCUUCACCGGCUCCAGAACCAAGAUCUCCCACCUCUUUUCGGAAACACUCACGCGGUAACUCGUCUAAUCGUUCUCCGAGAUCCAUGACCCGCUCAACUGCCUCGCGCCCAUCGUCACAUAGCCCUCUCACUCUCCGGUCGAAGAAGUACUUAACUGCCAAGCCAGAGGAUCUGAAUCGCGAAUCGUCUCGCUUCCAUGAGUUUGCUAGUGACGCGCCGCUGGAAGACGAUUGGAUUCGCCACGCAAAGUCAUCUAUGGGCCAGAGGAUCACUAUCAACGACACGCUGAAGAAGGAGCUUGCGAUCCGCCUGUUGGCUAAAGAGGCAGAAGAAGAGGCUGAGCAAGAGGAAGAGGACGAAGAGGAUGCAGCAGAAAAUGACGACGACGAUGACGACGAUGAGGAAUACGACGACGAGGAUGAAGAUGAGGAUGAUGACGAGGACGUCGAUGAAAACGACACAGUUGACGGGGAUGGUGACCGCCUUGACCUCAGCCAAUACUCCGGCUACAACUUCGAUACCGUGUCUGAUGGUUACAACACGGACAACGAGGUUGGCUUCGCAUCAUCUGAUGACGAGGACGAUGGUCUUGUCCUCUGGACAGUUCGGCAGUCCAUACAUACCCGUCAUAGCGAGGAUUACCGCGAUAUUGGCCAUUCGACAUUGCACCAGGGCGGUAGUCCUAUCUUCCGCCGCCUGUCUGUUGGCGAGCACUCUGACUCUUCCGCGUUUGUUGCCGGCCAGGCGAUCCGCCAGGACAAGCCCAAGAACCGAGAGUUGGCGGGCAGUGGCCGUCCAGCAACCCCGGAACUGCCGGACAGCACAGACUUUGUGUGCGGCACGUUUGAUGAGGACCGUCCUCUGGAGGAGGCAUACAUGUGUCACAUGGCAGCUCGCAAACGCGAGAAGUAUCAGACAAUCCCGCAAGAUAUCGACCCGAGCUUCCCAACGUCGGAUGUGGAAGGCGAGAGCGACGACGAUCAGACGUCGAAGUACCCGAAGCAAAAGCAACAGCAGGGCAGCGCGGAUGACCAGCUCUGGCUUCACGGCGAACUGGAAGACCUCCACGGAGAGCCGGACCGGUCAGACAGGUGCCGGAAGAUGGAGAAAUCGUCGAGACGGUAUCGCUCUCCGCCGCCGCCGAAGGCUCGUGGCCGGUCUCCGGCUCCUCGUCAUCUCUUUGAUCGACAGUCGCCUAGCCGGAGAAUGAGGUCUCCGGCGCCGAAACUUACACCAGCGGUACUUGCAGAACCACCUACCGCCCUCGUGUCAUCUCGGACCUCGCCUGUGGAGAUCGCUGGCGUAGGGUGUGUUGCCUACCAGGCGGUUGCAUUUCGUCCGGGCCUGACUCAGACCAAGUCUCUGCCGCGGCCGGCUGCAAUCUUCCGUCAUCAGCAGCAAAACAACCAAGCUGCGGCAAAGCCAGCCCGUCGACCCAAGGCCAACGGUACGACCAGUACGAAGCCCAUGCACAUUCGCGGCGCUCUGGACAUUGUGAAGGGCCUAGAGCAGAAGCGCCAGAGGCGUAAGGAGAAAUUUCAGCAAAAGUAUUGCAACCGUGCUCGCAAGGGACAGGCUCUUGAGAGACGACCACAACGCGGCGAAGGUGCCGAACGGAUGAGAGAGUUGGGCCUCCUCAUGGCUGGCAAAAUCGGACAAGGACACUACGUUAUUUCUGUCUGA